UAGCAGGUAGUUUCCGAAAGGUGCAGCAUGACAGAGCUUCACCAAGCUGUUGCCUUGGGGGAUUACGACCUAGUGGAGGAGAUUCUGAAGCAAGGGCACUGCGAUCCGAAUUGCAAAGAUGUCGACUGGAAUGACAGGACCCCCCUGCACUGGGCUGCUGUUAUAGGGCGAUCGGAGCUGGUGAGGCUGCUCGUGGAUCACGGGGCUCGACUGUGCCUGAGGAGCGACGCGGGCUGGACGGCGGCUCACUUUGCCGCCGAGGCCGGGCGCCUGGCGGUGCUGCGGACCCUUCACGCCCUGCACGCGCCCAUGGACGCGGCCGACCUCUUCGGUGAUACCCCCAAGCGCCUUGCGGAGAUCUACGGGCACAAGGACUGCCUCAGGUUCUUGGAAAUAGCAGAGGUGGAGAGCAGAAACUAUCGCUGGACGGCCUCGAUGAAAGGAAUCCACUUGGACCAGAGGGAUGAAGACUGGGAGCUCAAGAAAGAAGAGCUUGAGAGAAACUUGCUGUGUGCCCAGGAGAGCUAUACACCCUGUGCUCAAAAGAAACAUAGGAAAAAGAGAGGGAAGCAGUAG